AUGGUCUGGUCCCAAAUCGAACCCACCCCACCCCACAUCUCGUACCUCCUCCUCUCCUCCUUCCUGAUCAGCUACGUUCUCUUCACAAACUUCCUACGAAACCGACUACACCUCUCCGAACCCCCCAUCGCCCUCCUCGUAGGGAUCCUGCUCGGCCCCUACUGUCUCGGCUGGAUCACGCCAAAUUUCUGCUCCGCCAAAGGAUGCGGCGCGGGCGUGGACUUUCGAGGUUCGGACCCGGGGCAUGCGGGUUGGGGCUGGGGCGAUAAUGUGGUGCAGGAGGCGACGAGGGUGAUUGUGGGGAUUCAGGUGUUUGCGGUGGGCGUGGAGUUGCCCAAGUUCUACGCGGGGAGGCAUUGGCGGAGUGUGGGGAUGAUGUUGGGGCCGGUGAUGUUGUUUGGUUGGGUGAUUUGCGCCUUGUUCUGCUGGCUUAUUUUCAAGGUUGAUAUCCCCACGGCGAUGGUUAUCUCGGCAUGUCUGACGCCUACGGAUCCGGUUUUGGCCGCCAGUAUCCUCUCGAACAGCCAGUUCAGCGAGCGCUUGCCUAAGAGAUUGAGGGAUAUGCUAUCCGCGGAGUCUGGAUGCAACGACGGGAUCUCAUUCCCAUUCCUAUACCUCGGACUCUACUUCCUCACACAACCCACCAACGGCAUAGCGAUCAAGGACUGGUUCCUCAUCACAAUCCUCUGGCAGUGCGUCUUUGGCACCUUUAUCGGCCUCGUCAUCGGCACAACCUUCAACAAGAUCCUGCGCUUCAGCGACUCGAGGGACUACGUCGACCGAGCAGGUUUUGUGGUUUUCUAUCUCCUACUGGCCAUCUUCUCCGUCGGCGUGGGCUCAACUCUCGGAUCUGACGACUUCCUGGUAGCCUUUGGUGCUGGAUACGGGUUCGCUCGAGACGGAUGGUUUUCGGAAAAGAUUCAAGAAGCACACCUUCCAAAUGUCAUCGACCUCAUGUUGAACAGCGCAAUGUUCGUCUACCUGGGGACCAUCAUGCCGUGGGAACAGUUCACCCCUCAAUACUCCAUGGAUUGGAUCACACCAGGUCGACUCCUUACGUUCCUAGUCCUGGUUCUGCUCUUCAGGAGAAUACCCGUUAUGGUUGCCAUUUAUCGUUGGGUCCCAGACAUCAAGACUCUCCGCGAAGCCGUCUUUUGCGGCCACUUCGGACCCAUGGGACUCGGCGCGCUCUUCCUCGCAAUUGAAGCACGAGCUGUCUUGGAAAAUGGCACAAGCACCCCCGACGCGCAUCCUCCGACAUAUGGCGAACCGUGGACAUCCCGUGAAAUCGCAAUCGCCACAGUUUGGCCGGUCAUCUCAUUCGUAGUCUUUGGCAGCACGCUGGUGCACGGGCUGAGCGUACUUGCAAUGAGCUUGUUCACUCAUUUUACCGACUCCAAAGAUGUCCGCGCCCCGUUGCUGGACCCCGAGACAGACCCUGUCGAGAACAUCGAGGAAGAGGCCGAGCGAUAUACCGAUGAGCCGAGUGAUGAUCUAGAGGCAGCUCAGGGUCACACGCGAUGA